CCGAGCGCCAUGGUUGCCUUCUCUCUGCUCGCCGCCCUCGCUUCGGUCCUCUCGCUCAGUGUUGCAGCGCCUGCCGCCGAGCUCGUGGCUCGCGACAGCUCUGCAUGCGUUACCGGCGAUGCCGUGCACAUCAUCGUCGCGCGCGCGUCGACCGAGCUCCCCGGCGAAGGCAUCAUCGGUCAAGUGGUGACGAUGAUCAAGUCGCAGCUCCCCGGCUCGACGAGCGAGGCCGUCUCUUACCCGGCGACGCUCUACCCGUACCUGUCGUCCGAGGCGGCGGGCGUGUCGGCCAUGACCUCGCUCGUGCAGUCGUACGUUGCGCGUUGCGGAGAAGGUUCGCGCUUGAUUUUGGCUGGAUACUCGCAAGGCGCGCAGGUCGUCGGCGACACGCUGUGCGGGUCGUCGGGCCUGUUUGGCGGUUUCUCGGUCCCGAGCGGCUUCGGCUCGUCGACUUCCUCGCCCUGGUCUUUCUCUGGCCUCUCCAAGCGGGACCUCGACUCGUUCAACACCUCGACAGACGACGCCCUCGCCAAGCGCCAGCUCUCCAGCUCGAUCUCGGGCAACAUCGUCGCCGCGAUUCAGAUGGGCGACCCGUCUUUCGUGCCCGGCCAGAGCUUCGACGCCGGUACUUCGCGCAUGAGGGGUCUCUUCCCUCGGUCGUCGUCGGGCGUGCAGUGCCUGCAGGGCUUUGCCGACCGCCUCAGGAGCUACUGCGACACCGGCGACGAGUUCUGCGCGAGUGGUUUCUCUCUCGCCGUCCACCUUUCGUACGUGCAGCGUUACGGCGCCGAGGCGGCAGCGUUUGCCGUCAGCAGGGCUCGCGCUUGAGCCCCUUGAUCGACCUUCCCAAACCGACCUCUUCCCUCUUCUUCUCCUUCUUCCUCUCGCGGUCUCUCGCGCCCUCUCGUUCCCAUCUCUUUAUUCGUCUCGUGCAAAGUAGCUCUCAAAGCAAUGAGAAGCAGUCUUUCCUCGC